AAUCAGUCAAAGCAAAAAAAAACUAUCUUCGUAAUGUUACUCAUUCAUUUUUACGGUCGAUGCGCGCUAGGCUAGAAGAAUAAAUUGUCAUUGAGUUUGUUGAAACGUAUGCCUGAAUGUCGCCGCGAAUGCAAAAUGUUGAUUGGCGUCGCAACGCAAACGGUUUUACUCUCAAUCAGUUUUACUUUCAGCACGGGUGUGUGUGUGUGUCUGUGCCGCAGCAAAAGAGCUCAUCGCGGAUGUACUAGUUCAAGAUUUUUUGGCUAUGCAUUCGGCACACGACGGAAUCAUGGAUGGCAUUAUGUGUGUUUAAUAAGCUGAAAUAAUAACGACUAAAUAUACAUUUCUCACUGGUGCACUCGUUUUUUGUGUUGCUAUUUACUCAAUGCCUAUUCAUUGUUGUUAACUCUUGUCGCCUGUACGCGCGUGAACAUAACAGCCGUAAUCAUAUGUUAUGACAUUGCCGUUGUAUGAUGAUUGGCUUUGAGUAUGAAAUUUGCGCACGGCAAGGAAAAAUAAGCAGACAAACAAAUGGGAAACUGAUUAAAUUGAAAAUACGAAAUGAAAAAAAAAACAUUGAGGAAAAAUGCUGCGCUAUUGCUGCAACACUAUUUUCUUUUGUUCAAAUUCUUUUGCCUGUGACAACAGUUUCUUAUAAAAUGGUUGUGAUCGUUGGCAUUUGGUAUCAUUCGUUCGGUGUUCAUCAUCACAGCAAAAUACCUCUCUCGAAAACUGCAAAAUUUCGCAAAGACAAAUUUUCUUUCGACCAAAAAUAUCAAAAUUGUGAACAAGUGAAAAACAGCAACAGCCCAACAAAUAUGGAUAACAUUUUCAAAUUCUGUGGAUUUAUCGCAAUCUGUGCGUUUGUGAUCAGCAGCUGCAGUGCCGUGCCCAAAUACGAAACUGCGAGCAAGAGUUUGACAAAUGGAAAGAGCGCUGGCCAAUGGGAUCGAUCGUACAAGGAAAAUGACACAUAUACAGCACCAACAUCCGAUCGUGUUGAACGCUUGGGAUACUCCACUAAUUAUGGAUCUGUAAACUCAUAUCCACACACCUCUGGCGUUGGCUAUGGAUACAGUCCAAUGAAAAUUGACUUGGGUGGCGUUGUACUCGGUGCUAUCAUUGGAAUCGGUGCACUGUUGAUCAUUCCAAAAGUGGUUGGCAGCUUGAACGGUGGUUAUGGUGGUGGUGGAUACGGAUACAGUGGUAAUUACCGUAGUGUUGACGGUGGUGACCCAACUGGUAUCUCGGAAAUGCUCGCUAAAUUGGAUGACAUUUUGGGCAAAGACAACAUCGAUUCAACCAAUUGCAUGCAACGUGCCGUUUGUACUUAUGUUCGCCAAUCAACCUAUCACCACAAAAUGGGCAGGGCCGAUCAAACCGAUCAAAUUGUUAACGCUCUCUCCGACAACGCACUCGUUGACUUCAUGCUCAAUGGAACCGCUGUCAAACAGGCAUUGGAAAAGGGAAAGGACUUGGACGCAGAUGAUUGUGAUAAAAUAUACAACAGUUGUCCUUUGAAUAAGGAACAAACGUUGCAAAUACUAUCAAAAUUGAUGCCAGGUGCGAGCGCAGCCAGCAAUUAAACAAAUACCCAGAUUUUCAACAAAAUUGAAUUCAUUCACGACCAAAAACAUACUUGUAUAGCGAUAAGAAUUUAUUUCGUUCAAAUAAACAUUUCAUUGAUU